AUGCAUUCGAAAUUAUCGUAUCAUCAAAUCGAACAUGUUCAGCGAGAAGAGGCCCAUCAGACUGGCGGAGGACUUCCAAUCAAGCUCAAAGCCGCCCCCCACAUAGCGAUUGUCUUGGAAAAAAUCGGCACCAAACCUAGAGUGAAAGGCUUAAAAAAUCCUAUUGAAAUCUGUUCCAGCGCUAAAGGGAAUCAGAGUUACCAGCCAUCAUUAAGCGAAGACUAUUUUCAGAACCUAUUUUCUCAUGUAAUUGUUGAACCUGAUAAUCAAACUAGCAGUAACAGCGCCAUAGAUAUUCCGUCAGAAUAUACUUUCAAAAGGACGAAGGUAGAACAACUGCAUGACUUCGACAUUUCGGAAACAGAACUCAAUGAUCAUGCUGAUCACCAGUCAACCAGCAUUGAAAAGGAAUGUUCUAUAGACAAUCAAACUCAUGUGUAUUCAACCAGCAUCGGGAAUGAAAGAAGGGAAUUAGCAGACCAGAGGUUGAAUGAGAAAAAACGACUGGAACAUGAAUAUCUAGAAUUACGUAUGAGGAACGAGCAGAGUUACGCAAGGUUACUAGAAAUUCAAAUGGAAACCGCACAAAUAACCCUUGAAAACGCACGCCUCGAAAAACAAAAAUUAGAACUGCAAAUUGCAAAUGAAAUCAGGAAGCAUCCGUCAAAUGCAAACUCAAAUCCUGAUGAAGUUUAUCUCCUUCCAAUCGGUGACUAUCAGUGA